AUGAACGUAACAAGCACCGGCGGCGGGUUCUUGGGGUCGGAGAACAUCGGAGGAUUCGGGUACGGAAUCGGAGUAUCCGUCGGAAUCCUCCUCCUAAUCACCACAAUCACACUUGCUUCUUACUACUGCACCAGAAACAGCCAACAAAUUUUGUACUCGGAAGCCAAGCUGAAGAACAAAGACUCCACGGCGACUUGCUGUUCCAUUUGUUUGGCGGAUUAUAAGAACAGUGAUACUUUAAGGGUGUUGCCGGACUGCAGCCAUCUCUUCCAUUUGAAAUGCGUUGACCCUUGGUUGCGCCUCCAUCCCACUUGCCCGGUUUGCCGGACUUCGCCGUUGCCGACGCCGCUUUCCACCCCUUUGGCGGAGGUCGUCCCCCUUGCCACCAGACCUCUCGGCUGA